AUGGUAAACGAACUCAACAAACCGCCUUCACAGGAAAAUUUAGCGCUUGGUGAGCGCCUGCUCGAUUCGCAAAGACAAUUGCAAGAGAUGCAGGAAGAACACCGACAGUUGCUACAAGAAAUGCAAGUACUACGACAACGGGCCGCUGCCUUGAGUCAUUUGAAUGAACAACAAUUCAGUCGUGUUGGGGAACAGCGACGUGGAACGGCACCUACACCUGAUGCACACGAAGAUAAUACAGACCCUCAACAGACCGAUGCUACAGAAUUAGCCGCUGCAGAGGUUGAGGAGCAAGAAACCGCUAUCAUUGCCUCACCAAAUGAUGCCAUGGAACAAAGCGCCAAUUUAAAUACAGACAGCAGUCAAAAAACACUCAGUUCUUCACAAACGAAUGCGUCGGAAAACGACGAGGAUGACGAUGAUCCCGAAACAGCGGAGUAUUUGCAGAAAAAGUUAGCGGAAAUAGCGGCAUUGAAAGCCCGUUUUAAGCAUGUUCAGAACAUAAUGAAUACCACUGAAAAGAUAGAGGAGCAUAUAGCCUCAAAAGAUAUUCUAAAUAGCACUACUACAGCCGCAUUGGAGAGUUCACUAUCUAAAUUACUUAUUGCCGAUAGUAAAGACGAAGUGCAGUCUCCGUGUGUGACCAGUACCACGACUAUUCAGCCAACUACUACUAAAUUAAAUGAAAGCGAUACUAAUAUACAAACUGAAGUUAAAAAAUACGAAAACACAACGAACGACGAGGAGCAAACUCUUAAUUCAUAUGCACCAUCACAGGUGGCCAAUGAGGAGCUACUUUCAGCUAUGAUGAAUAUGUUUAGCGAUUUUACUGCAGAUUUACGUAGUCAAGCGGAUGAUUUGCGUGCGGAACGUGAUCGUUUGCGAGCGCUUAAAGAAGAUCUUUUACGCAGGAAGCGCCAGUCAUAA